CUUUGCAAUUUUUUGGUGGCACGGUCGCCGACGGUUUUGUUAAAAUUGUUUCAAAAUUCUUCAGAACUUGUCUCUUUUUUGUAUAAAGUGAUUAUUUAUAAUAUCCAUUCUACCACUAAUUACAUCUUGCAGCAACUUUUUAUGAACUCGAUGCUAGGGGUUUGAAACAAUUACAUUUCUGCCUGCUAGUAUUGCUCUAGAUGUUGAAUAGAAAUGGCAUCAACGAGUACUGCAACAGCACCGUCUCAGGAUGCGUGCUAUAUUUCCUUGCUUGGCUUAGCCGAGUAUUUCCGCACAUCUAAGCCACCGAACAUUAAAAAAUGUAUACAGUGUUUACAAGCUUUGUUCACUUUCCAGCCACCGACGAAGGUGGAAGCACGCACACAUCUGCAAAUGGGCCAAAUAUUGAUGGCGUAUACGCUAAAUACCGACCUGGCUCGAAAUCAUUUAGAAACCGCGUGGAAAUUAUCCGAGACAUUGGUGCACUUUGAUGACGUUAAGUUUGACACCGCCUCGCUAUUGGCGCAGCUACAUGUGCAGUUGGAACAAAAUUCACAGGCAAAGGCAAUGUUGCGCCGCGCUGUUGAAUUAUCGCAGCACAAUGUUUUCUGGCAUUGCAAAUUGCUCUUACAACUCGCGCAAAUACACGCUUCGGAUAGGGAGUAUUCGUUGGCCUCGGAACUCCUAGCUGUGGGUGUAGAAUCAGCCGAAGAGACGGGCGCCACUUAUCUCAAAGUGCUGUUUCUGUUAUCACGCGCAAUGAUUCUUAUGAUCGAACGCAAAACAAACGAUGUAUUGGCUUUGUUAAACACAGCCGGCGCCAUAAUCGACAACAACAUAACCAAUGCUCAUCAAAAGGAAUACCUGAAAGUGUUUUUUCUUGUGCUACAGGUAUGCUACUACCUUGCCUUGGGUCAGGUAAAAACCGUAAAACCUAGUUUGAAACAGCUGCAAACGUCCAUUCAAACUAUAAUGGCGCCAAAUUGGCCGUCAGAUGAAGCUAUAUUCGGACAAAACGCAUUGGAAAUGUUUGUGUGGUUGCCUAAAGAACAGCUUUAUGUUUUGGUAUACCUAGUAACCGUUUCGCACUCAAUGAUGGCUGGCUAUAUGGACAAGGCACAAAAGUACACUGAAAAAGCGCUUACACAAAUCGAAAAAUUAAAAGCGCAAGACGAUAAGUCCAUAUUGUCGGUGUUUAAGGUGAUAUUACUGGAGCACAUUGUCAUGUGCCGCAUGGUAAUGGGCAAUCGUAUACUAGCCAUUACCGAAAUCGCCGCUGCGCGGGAUGUUUGCCUUGCAACACCCAAUCGUGGUCUACUCCGGCGUCAUUCCGCGCAAUUACAUUGCUUACUCGGCUUAUACUCAAUGUCGACUAGCUUCUAUGAGCAUGCAGAGCGGCAAUUCAUAGCUUGUGUUAUGGAAACCUCUGAGCGCGACCUAAAAUUGUUCGCAAAUUUAAAUCUAGCAAUUAUCUUUCUACGUACAAAGCGAGAACAGGAUCUAAAACAAAUAUUGGAUACUGUAUCCACCGAAAAUACGCACACACAUAGCAGUCAAGCGCUAAUGGGUGGUUUCUACUACGUACAAGGACUCCACGCCUUUCACAAAAGCAGCUUUCAUGAGGCCAAACGAUUUCUGCGCGAAACAUUAAAAAUGGCAAAUGCUGAGGAUCUAAACCGGCUAACCUCUUGCUCUUUGGUUUUACUGUCACACGUCUUCCUCAGCAUUGGAAACUCAAAGGAGAGCAUGAAUAUGGUGACACCGGCCAUGCAAUUGGCUUCAAAAAUACCAGAUAUUCAUGUCCAAUUAUGGGGUUCUGCCAUACUCAAAGAUCUGCAUCGCAUGUCUAAAGAUGUGUUGCACGAGAAGGAAGCAUUUGCCAAUCAUGUGAAAUACUCUGAAAAUCUGAUUGCCGAUCAGAGAAAAUGCGUUCAGAGUGUGCAUCAUUCAUUGAUAAAUUGGUUUAGUGCUGAGCCGCCCACAACCAGUGGGAACAGCGCCGAUGACGGAGGUGGUGGUUGCAGUAUUAGUGGACAAAUGCCACUAGUGCGACACAUUAUGUAAAAUAUCUGAAAUUUGCAUCACCUCACAACGCGCAUAUGAACUCUGAAAAGCAUACAAUAAUGGAAAAAAUGUGGGAAGCAAAUCAAACCCACUGUUGCAAUACUGAUUGAAAAUUAGAAGCAGCAAAAACCGCCACUUUCAAAUAAAAUUCUUAAUUACAUACAUAUUUUUAUUAACGUAAA